CACCUUCCCUUCCACUCUGCUGGGCCGCGAGGAAGUCGCAAGAUGGCUGAUGUCGCUUGGAAAUAAUGUUUUCCUGUGCAACAUGAAGCCGUGAGUGUGGACGAAAGCGAGGGAGGCAUCGUUGGGCUUUCGUUUUUUAUUUUCUUUUAGUUACUUUUCUUUUAUUUAGUCGAACAUCCAUCUCAUUCCGCGUCGUGUCCGCCCCGGACUUGUCUUUGGGAGUUGACGCGUCAAAUCACGCCGGGGACCCUGCUCAUAGCAGCUAACAGUUAGCAAAUAUUAGUACAGCUAGCCUGUCUGCCAGGCACACUGCUAGUUAGUUUGUUUUUCAUUGGUAGUCUAGGCUAUGUGGGCCGGCAAACAUCCACUACGCAUGUCCUGAAAUUUGCCUGAAGUCGUACAAAAUCAAUGUCCGCUAUUUCAGACAUCAAAAUGAAAUAAGAUUGGAAAAAAUAUCUUGCAGGCUAUUUUGUUUAACGUCAUGUCGGCGAACUGGUCAGCCACACUGCUGCUUGCUAAGUAGUACGCACUUUUUCACCUGUAGCAUAACAAUUUUUUUUAAAGCUUUUAGUAACGUCCACUUCCUAGCUGCGUUUUCCGUUAUUAGCUCCAAAGUGGAAUUUAGAAGCUCGAUCUGUUCCACAGUAUGGGAGCAGAAAACAGCGAACUUUUCGCGGUUGUCGGAAGCUCGGCUUGCCUUGCUGGCGUCUCUCCAAAAAUUCACAGCGAUGGACACUAAACUCAGCACCCACUACCAAAACUGAAAAAUUGGCGUCGUAAUCUCGAAAUAUUUGGUCGACACUUUCGGAAAACGACUCACGGCGACUCGUUUCGCAAGCGUGGCUAACAGUGAGCUUGUUUUUGAAGGAUUAACUAAAGUAGUUAGUCACUCCGUCGGAGACCGGUUAGCUUGGCCGGAGUGCACGGCUAGCUGCGGUCUCACCUCACAUCCAAUCGCAAACACGGCGUACAGAACGUAUCCCGAGCCGUUCCCCGGCCACACGCACAGGCUGAACAACACCGUCAUGGGCGUGCAAGGCUUUCAGGAGUAUUUAGAGAAACGGUGUCCCGGGGCCGCAGUCCCCGUGGACCUCCUUAAGCUCGCACGCACUGUGGCCCGCCAGACCCCGCACCACCAUCACCCGCACCACCACCCACAUCAUCCCGGGCCCAUGCCUCCCCCGCCUCCGCCUGCCAGGAUCCUGAUCGACGCGGACUCCGGCCUGCAACGACUCUACGGCGGCUACCAGACGGACUUGUGCGGGGGCGAGUGGAACGCCAUGCUGGGCUAUCUGGCUGCCCUCUCUCAGGCCUGCUUGUACCAGGGCGGCCUGGAGCUGGUCGUGGUUUUCAACGGCACAUUGGGAAAGGAGCGCUGGCCCGAGUGGGCGCGGCGAGUUCAGGGCCAGCGACAGACGGCGCAGCUGAUCGUCAACCACGUUGGCAGCAAGGCCACCCCGCCUCCACGCGCGUGGUUCCUGCCCCCAGCCUGCCUCGGCCACUGUGUCCGCCUCGCCAUGUUCCGCUUCCGAGUGCGGGUUGUACAGACGUUAGAGGACCACCAUCAGGAAGUGCUAUCUCUCUAUAGAGACUAUGGAUUUGCUGGCCUAAUUGCUCAGGAUUCUGAGUUUGCCCUCUGCAAUGUACCUGCCUACUUUUCUUCACAUGCACUCAAGCUGAGCUGGAAUGGCAAGAACCUGACCACACACCAGUACCUGCUCUCUGAGGCCGCGAGGCAGCUUGGGCUUAAGACACAGCACCUGCCCUGCUUCGCUGCUUUGCUGGGAAAUCAUAUUCUGCCCGAUGAGGACCUGGCUGCGUUCCACUGGAGUCUCUUGGGACCAGAACACCCACUGGCUUCUCUUAAGGUACGUGCCCAUCAGUUGGUGCUACCACCCUGUGAGGUGGUGAUCAAGGCCGUCUCAGAAUACGUCUCCUCCAUCAAAGACCUGGGAAACCUCGAUGCCGUCGCCAGAGAUGUCUUCAAACAGUCACAGUCUCGUAUGGAGGACAAGGUGGAGCGUUUUAAGAAAGCUGUUGAAUAUUUCUCAGCUGCCUCUAAACCCCGCCCACUCAACAUGGGGCCCUCUUUCAUCUUACCUGGGUUUGGACCCACUCCAUUUGGGGGACCACCUGGCCAAAUGGGACCGAUGCAACCUGGAAAGAAUCAGUUCCCUCCUCCCCAGGUUCCGGGAUUCAAGAUUCACUAUCAAAAUAAUCCCUAUGGACCUGGUUCCACCUCCCUGUUCCAGAACCUACCACCACCAAUGCAAGACUGCAAUGAUUCACUGACUGGCAGGAUGGGCUUCUCUGACUGGUCAGCUCCAUAUGAUUCCAGUCAGAGUGGAAGUCGAUUACCAAAUCAUCACACCAGUACUCAGUCUGGUCCUUCACCCUCUCCUUCUUCAUCAUCAGAUGGAGAUGAACCCAAUGACAGUAAUUCAAACCAUUUGACUGAAAAGCCCUCUCUAUGGGAAGACCUUUCUGGAAGGGGGGGUUCGUCCUCUGUGGAUGGUUCCCAAGGCAAUGGCGCUGGGGCAAACAUUCCAUCACUGCUGUCUAUGGCGACGCGGAGUCACAUGGACAUAACCACACCCCCUCUGCCUCAGGUCAGUGCUGAAGUGCUCCGUGUAGCAGAACACAGACACAGAAGAGGACUGAUGUACCCUCAGAUUUACCACAUAUUGACCAAGGGAGAGAUGAAGAUGCCAGUUUGUAUAGAGGACGAGUGUAAUUCUGAACUCCCUCCUGCGUCUCUCCUGUUUCGAGCUGCCAGACAAUAUGCGUAUGGUGUUCUUUUCAGUUUAGCUGAAACACAUCGCCGCUUGGAGAGGCUUGCCCUUCGCAAGAGAGCUCCUCUGGAAGUUCCUCCAGUGAUUGUCAAAGAGUGGAGCAGUGGCAAGGCCAAGUCAGCACUAACUCCAGAGUUAGUUCCGGCCCUGUGUUUCCGAGAGUGGACCUGUCCCAACCUGCGACGGCUGUGGUUGGGUCGUGCCAGUGAGGACCGUUCCAGGAGAACCAGGGCAUUCCUGGCUUGCUUGCGGUCAGACUGCCCUGCUCUACUCAAUCCAGCACAGGUCCCACAACAUCUACUGCUCAUGUGUUGUGUACUCAGGUAUAUGAUGCAGUGGCCUGGUGGUCGAAUCCUUCAGAGACAUGAGCUAGAUGCCUUCCUAGCCCAAGCUGUUUCCAGCCAGCUCUAUGAACCUGACCAGCUACAGGAGCUGAAGGUGGAGAAGGUGGACGCUCGCGGUGUGCAGCUGGCUGCUCUCUUUAUGGCUGGUGUUGACACAGCACUAUUCAUCAAUGAUGUGUGUGGUCAGCCAUUGCCAUGGGAACACUGCUGUCCUUGGGGCUUCUUUGAUGGCAAAUUAUUCCAGAGUAAACUUGCCCGAGCUGCCCGUGACCGGGCUGCCCUGCUUGACAUGUGUGAGGGGCAGGAGGAACUGGUUUCCAAGGUUGAGAAGAUGCGUCAGGCAAUCCUUGAAGGCAUAAAUUUGUCUCGACCUCUUCCUCCUCCUCCUCCCCUUCCACCUCCUGCUUUUCUACCUCCUGCCAUGGUGCCCCCUUUUUAUCCAAUGCCUCCAAUUUACCCACCUCGCCCCAUGGGCGGUAUGCCCCCACAUCAUCACCCACCUCAUCCACAUCAUCCUGUUCAGCACAGACCAAGAGCCUUCCCAGGGAUUCAGUCUAUUCCUCCUCAGGGAGGGAAAUUGGAAAUAGCUGGUAUGGUUGUUGGCCAGUGGGCUGGAAAUAAACCAGUGCGUGGGAGAGGUGGGUUCAACAUGCAGGUGGUUUCAGUCGGUGCUGGGAAAGGGAGGGGUAAAGAGAUUCCAGUUAAAGUAAGGGGUGGGAAAAAGACUGCUGCCAACAGAACACAGAUGUCGUCAUCCCCCCCAUCCAGCAGUCCCCCAAAACCUUCAGAAGAGGAGGACUCUACACCAGAAGUUACAACUCAGCAGCUGAAUGGCAGCACAGCUGCCUCCGCCAUUGGCCAGACCUUGAACCUGGCCCAGCCAAUCCCAUGUGCCUUAGCGAGCAGAGACAACCAAUCAGAGGGGGUGGAGGUGGAGGCCCCCUGUUGCCUUGACGACUGCCCAUCAGAUGAAGCGCUACAGAAGGAGGAGUAAUGGCAUUCCUCCUGUGAUGCACUGCUCUGAGAGUUAUCUGUGUUCGACUGCCUUUCCCUGUUUUUGUAGCCGCGCCUGCUAGCUGUGCACAUUAUCACGUGGAGCAACAAGUCAGUGAGCUAUGUUCUGCUGCUCCAUGCGAUGAGCAAAAGCAGUUAGCAGAAAACCCUUUUAUUUUUUUCAUGUGGUUUUACAUUGUUUUAAGAAGAAAGGAUUUCUCCACAAAUCUGUUAGUGCCCCACCCCUCAAAAAUCCUAAAUGCCUCACCCUUUUACUCAGACUAAAAAACGGCCCUUUAUCUCGUGACUACCCACCACUUUGAGUUCCCUUUUAAAUAUGGGUAUCCGUACAGUUAUUUCUUAUAUUGUGUUUAAAUCAUCCCACUGUUGAAAUCGCUGCACACAUGAUAAACUUGGAGUUAUGGUGACAGAUUGCCUGUGGUUUCUGCGGUUAUAGCAUUGAGACUUUGUCACUGUGCUGGCAGUGGGUGUUAAAUGGGAACUCUGGGAUUUUUCAACCUGGACCCUAUUUUUGUACGAUUUUUUCACUACGGACAAAAAUUAUGGUAAUUGGUCCAGUAUUGAGUUGGAAUGCAAACACUGUCUGGGGCAAAACCGAUAAAGUCCGGCCAUAGGAAAAGCUAAAACCACUCAUACAAAUGUUUCUUGUUGCUACUGAAUAUAUGAAAAUGUCAUUGAGAUGUCUGAUGGCACGGGUAAGAUCCUACGGAUGUGCAUGUGUGCCGAAUUACCUCAUUAAAUAUAAAGAAUUUAUUUUAUGACUGUCUUGUUUGUGGCUUAUCUUAGCCUCUUUUUGUUUUGGUGAAGUUGUCACUUCAGUAAAUCAUUACAAAUUGUUCUGCUUACCACAGAAAUGCCCAUUAUGAACAACUGAUUUGUAUUGAUUUAGUAGAGCAACAUUGCCAAACCAAAAAAAUAAAGACUAAACAUUCAUUUUAACAAGUUUGUUCUCUUUUACUGAAGUAAAUCAUGUAUCUCUGAAGGGAUCAUCCCCGUGUAAUCAGACACUUCUGACUUUUUUGUCUAUUAACUGGUGACAAGGUGAUUUAUGUUGACUUGGACAGUGUUUGUGUUCUGACUGAAUACUGAACUAAUUAUCAUUGUUUUGGCCCCAAGUUUAAAGUUGAACCCAAAAACAUUUAAAAGAAAGGAAAAAAGGGGGGUGCCAGAUGAAACAUUCUUGACUUCCCCUUAAAUAGUUAUUACCAUACCAAUCUCAUUAGGUGUGUCCUACUUGAGUAAUACAGAUUUCCAGAGUUUGGCUCUGGAUGUUUGGGAAAGAUUUUAAUGAAACAAAGCAAUGUAUUGUUUUUCUGUGCGGUGUCCCUUGUCCCACAUAUUCUACAAGAUAGCCACACAGCUAAAAGCACCUUGUUAGCAUACUUGCAAGUGACAAAAUCCUGUAUAAGUUGCCUGGUUAUCGGUUACUGGAGCACUUAUGCGCCACCAAGGUAUUCGCAUGCUAACUUACUUGGACCAAUUUAGCAUAGCCUGGUAUGUAGGUAUGCUAAGAGACCCCCUGAAUUUAUGCACCUUAAGCCCUAAAGUAUGCAAGAUUUUAUCAUGCGCCUUUAAAAAGAAAAAAAAAGCAUUACGGUAUCUUCCCGGGCC